AUGGAGCUGGUGACGAAGGUUCGCGACGCAGAGCAUUGGGCACAAGUGCUGGAGAGCAGCGAGAAGAAGCUCGUCGUUGUCGAUGUGCACAAGGAUUGGUGUGGCCCAUGCAAGAUCGUGGAGCCGACAUACAAGCGCUUGGCGACAGACAUCGACCACGCGGAGCGCCGGCUCAUGUUCACUACACUGAACGUCGGUCUCCACAUUGACGGCAUCGAGGACACGGGGAGCUGCAAGCCGCGAUUCCUGUUUUUCAAGGAUCGCAAGCACAUUGCAGAUGUGGAAGGUGCAAAUGCACCGCAACUGGAGCUGCUAGUCAAGCAGCACCUACCACCGCUCGGAAAUGACGACGAAGAGGCCUGA